AUGCGCACGGGCCCGACCGGCAGGAAGCGGGCGUGGGGCGGGGCCUCCGGGCCGCCCCCGCCGCCGCCGCGCACGGAGCCCAGCGGCCGCAGCGCGCGGCCCGGGAUGCUGAGCCAGGCGCUACUGCGCCUCGCGUCCGCCGUCAGCCGCAGGAGGAUGAAGCUGCUGCUGGGCAUCGCGCUGCUCGCCUACGUGGCCUCUGUUUGGGGCAACUUGGUUAACAUGAGGUCCAUCCAGGAGAAUGGCGACCUCAGGAUCGAAAGCAAAAUUGAAGAGAUUGUUGAACCACUGAGAGAGAAAAUCAGAGAUUUGGAAAAAAGCUUCACCCAGAAAUACCCGCCAGUAAAAUUUUUAUCAGAGAAGGACCGUAAGAGAAUUUUGAUAACUGGAGGUGCAGGGUUCGUGGGCUCCCACCUCACGGACAAGCUCAUGAUGGACGGCCAUGAGGUGACCGUGGUGGACAACUUCUUCACGGGCAGAAAGAGGAACGUGGAGCACUGGAUCGGCCACGAGAACUUCGAGCUUAUCAACCAUGACGUGGUGGAGCCCCUCUACAUCGAAGUGGAUCAGAUCUACCACCUGGCCUCCCCAGCCUCGCCGCCCAACUACAUGUACAACCCCAUCAAGACGCUCAAAACCAACACCAUCGGGACGCUGAACAUGCUGGGGCUGGCCAAGCGCGUCGGGGCGCGUCUGCUCCUGGCUUCCACCUCGGAGGUGUACGGAGACCCUGAGGUCCACCCACAGACAGAGGACUACUGGGGCCAUGUGAAUCCUGUAGGACCCCGAGCCUGCUACGAUGAGGGCAAACGCGUCGCUGAGACCAUGUGUUAUGCCUACAUGAAGCAGGAGGGCGUGGAGGUGCGUGUGGCCAGGAUCUUCAACACCUUCGGGCCUCGGAUGCACAUGAACGAUGGCCGGGUGGUCAGCAACUUCAUCCUGCAGGCGCUGCAGGGAGAGCCGCUCACGGUGUAUGGAUCCGGGUCGCAGACGCGCGCUUUCCAGUAUGUCAGCGACCUGGUGAAUGGCCUGGUGGCGCUCAUGAACAGCAACGUCAGCAGCCCCGUCAACCUGGGGAACCCAGAGGAACACACCAUCCUAGAGUUCGCUCAGCUAAUUAAAAACCUCGUUGGCAGUGGGAGUGAAAUUCAGUUUCUGUCUGAAGCCCAGGAUGACCCCCAGAAAAGGAAGCCGGACAUCAAGAAAGCCAAGCUGAUGCUGGGCUGGGAACCGGUGGUCCCGCUGGAAGAAGGGUUAAACAAAGCGAUUCACUACUUCCGGAAAGAACUUGAGUACCAGGCCAAUAACCAGUACAUCCCCAAACCAAAGCCCGCCAGAAUAAAAAAAGGACGGACGCGCCAUAACUGAACACUUUUACCUCUUGGGACAAGAGAUGCCAUUUCACACUUUAAUAGGAUGUGUUUUUCUUUUUCGUUUUUUAAAGAAAGACUUAAAACAGGUGUCAUGAAGAACCAACUGGAAAUCAUUCUGAAGCUUGCUUUAAGAAAUGGAUGUGCCUAAAAACUCCCUAAACAACUGCAGAAUUUUGCCUUGCACUUUUUAAAUCUGUCUUUUUAUGUAACAUAGCAUCGAUGCACCUCUGUGUGUUUUCAAGUUUUUUACCUUGCUGUGAGAGCCUCUGUUGUGACUGUCGUCGACAGUUUUAUUUACUGGUUUCUUUGUGAAGCUGAAAAGGAACAUUAAAAUGGGGUUUAAAUGCCGAUUUAUUUAUAACGUGGGUUCUUAGACGUUCUGCUAUAUGCAUAGAGGAGAAGCAGCAGCCUCCGCAGUAUUGGCGGCGGGGGGGCUGGCACACCACAUUUAAUCUCGGGCAGAUAAAAGAAUUCGGCUUGAGAGCUUUGUGUUUCUUUUCAUUCAGAAUUUUCCCAAGGUCCGGUUUUUAGUUGCAACCUUGACUUUGAGAUUUUUCUGUUGGUUAUCACGAUCAAGGAUAUUUGAAAUCACUACUGUGUUGUGCUGCAUACUGGGGGGGGGCGGGGGGAAACAGAGUUAACAUAUUCUUGGUUAACAGUGGUUAAAUAUGCUAUUUUAAUAAAAUAUUGAAACUCA